AUGGCGCCGACAUAUGCUGGCAUGUCCGGCAGGCCCCUUGGGUUGACGGUGUCGACCAUCGCAACCAUGGGUUUCCUGCUCUUCGGUUACGAUCAGGGUGUCAUGUCUGGUAUCAUUGAUUCCACACCCUUCGCCGACAUCCUCCCCAUCACCGAUGGCAACUCCACCAUGCAGGCCUUGGUGACUGCUGUCUACGAGUUGGGUUGUCUUGCUGGUGCCAUGUUCGCUCUGUUCGCUGGAGACAAGAUGGGCCGUCGUCUGAUGGUCAUCUGGGGAGCAUUCGUUAUGAUCAUUGGUGUGGUUAUUCAAGUCGCUUGCGUCAAGGGUCAUGGUGCUACCGCUCAGUUCUUCGUUGGUCGUAUCGUUACUGGUAUCGGUAACGGUAUGAACACUUCCACCAUCCCUACCUACCAGGCCGAGUGCUCACGCUCCUCCAACCGUGGUCUGCUCAUCUGUAUUGAGGGUGGUAUCAUCGCUAUCGGUACUAUGAUCGCCUACUGGAUUGAUUUCGGUGCCUCAUACGGCCCCGACGAUCUGGCUUGGCGAUUCCCUAUCGCUUUCCAGAUCGUCUUCGGUGUUAUCAUCAUCGUUGGAAUGUACUACCUUCCCGACUCCCCUCGCUACCUUAUCGCUCAAGGUAAGGUCCACGAGGGUGAGUACGUUCUGGCUGCUCUUGGGGGCUAUGAGAUCGAUUCCCACGAGACCCAGAUGCAGAAGCAGCUCGUUAUCGAGUCUAUCGAGGCUGCCGGUGUCGCUGACGGCGCUGGUUACUCUGACCUUCUCACCGGUGGAAAGACCCAGCACCUCCGCCGCAUGCUUAUCGGUUCCUCUUCUCAGAUCGCCCAACAGCUUUCCGGUUGCAACGCUGUCAUCUACUACCUCCCCGUCUUGCUCAAGAGCUCCCUGGGCCAGGAUCACUUCAUGUCCAUGCUGAUCGGUGGUAUCAACAUGAUUGUCUACGCCAUCUUUGCCACCUUCUCCUGGUUCUUCAUUGAGAAGAUUGGUCGUCGCAAGCUCUUCAUCGGAGGUAUGACCGGUCAGAUGGUUUCCAUGGUUAUCGUCUUCGGUUGCUUGAUCCCCGGUGGUACCGGACCUGCCAAGGGUGCCGUCUUCGGUCUCUUCCUUUACAUGUCCUUCUUCGGUGCCUCCAUCCUGCCCCUGCCCUGGUUGUACCCUGCCGAAAUCUCGCCUCUCCGCACUCGUGCCAAGGCCAAUGCUGUCUCCACUUGCUCCAACUGGCUGUUCAACUUCACCGUUGUCAUGAUUACCCCCGUCAUGAUCGCCAGCAUCAACUGGCGCACCUACCUGUUCUUCGCCAUCAUGAACGCCGUCUUCAUUCCUGGCAUGUACCUGUUCUACCCAGAGACUGCUGGUCGCUCUCUCGAGGAGAUCGAUCUCAUCUUCGCCAAGGGUUACUGUGAGAACAUGAGCUAUGUCAAGGCUGCUUACGAGCUGCCCAGGCUCACCGAUGACGAGAUCGAGGCCAAGGCUGCUGAAUACGGCUUCGAGACUAGCCGUCGCCACGGUGACGUUGAGGGUGCAGGUGCUGAGAAGAGCUCCCCUCGCAGCACCUCCAGCGACGGCAAGGAGAACCACGAGGACAUUGAGAACUCCCGAUGA